AUUGGCGCAGUCCUAUUGAGCGCAUAGUUUCAUUUAUGUCGUCGAAUUAUCGAUUUUUUUCGGGCAAGCUGUUUCGAUCGCGCCACCCUUUUUUCCAAAUCGCGCGAACUUCCAGUGAAAUCGUAACCUUCAUAACUGGUUAAUUUUUCAAGAGAAAGAGGGUUUCGAUCGACGCCGCGAGGUAAACUGAGCCUCGUUUUACGCACUAUUCAACCGGCCAGUGGUAGUCUGUUUGUGAGUGAGGCCGCUCCCGUUCAAUUCACGGAUGUUUUUUGAGGUUUCGGUAAAUUUGGUUCGCGGGAAACAAUCGCCUGACACCCAUCUUCCGCGCGCCACCACAGUUGGUGAAGAAUAUCGGCGCAAAGAUGCGUGGGUGCCUAUGGAAAGAACUCGGCGCGUCUUGGCCGCCAAGGCCUCCCGACAUUCCCUUAAAACCGACCUGGAAAUGCUCACCAUGCCUGGAGUAGGUGCAGAACAGCGCCGGGCGUUGGAAAGUGAAAGCUUUUGCUUGCAGGUGCUGGUGGAUGAGGAAGAAGAGCUGGGAGAGCCGAUUGUGCGUUGCUGCAGGGAGGCCAGGGAGAGUUGCAGGAGGGGCAGUCUCACCCCUAGUCUGACGCCUAAUGAGCGCCGACUUCGGGAGCUGGUUCAUAUGGGAGCCUACGGAGCCGCCAUCAAUCACACUGCCAUGCUUUUGUCGUUCCAUGGACAGGGCCGAGGACGUCAAGGCCACCCGACAAUCCACACGCCCCAAAGCCUCCAGCUCUGGUAUAUCAGAAUUGCGCUGCUGGUCAAGACCAAGUCACUUGCUGUUGCUCAAGCGGAAGCUCAACCAUUCAGCCAGUUGGAGAAGCCGGACAUUUUCUAUCAGUAUUAUCCCGAAAUGUACGGGGGCAGGACUGGAUCGAUGGCUUCGUUCAGUUUCCGGCUGUUGCUCGCUGAGCUCCCGAUGCACGCGGGGAAGCCCAAAGACGCAUUGCGACGGUUGUUCUGCAUGUGGGCGGCCAUCAAGCGAAUGCUCAACAACCUCAAGCAAGGCGUAUGUGAAGAUGGCAGCGCCACUGAACUGGAAGAAACGGACAGAGCGGAGUCGUUGAAGCUCUGGCGAAGCAGAGAAGCCAAAGUGAUCUACUCCAUCAUCAACUGCGCCUGCUACGUGAAGGAUUAUGGCCUGGCCAUGGAACUGUUGGCGCAACUAAUCGAACGUGAAGACACUCCCAAGCACAUGUUGCUCUCGGCUUUAGGGCGGCUCAACUUGCAGACCGGAAACAUUGCAGGAGCUGAAAUCUGCUUCAAUGAAGCGUAUCUGUUCGGGUCCAGUGGCGUGCGCGAGCUAGUGGAUCGGGGGCUGUUUGCUACCGCCCAGGGUAACUUUGAGGAAGCUUGCGCUUGCUUCCAGCAGGCCAGCUCCUUGGACCCCUCGAACCUCAUGAUUCUGAACAACUGGGCGGUUUGCAUGCUGCAUGAUGGUCGCAUGCAGGAAGCGAUUUCCGUGCUGGAAACUGCAAUCUCUUCAAAACCGCUGGAGAAUCUGCACGAGUCGUUGGUGUUGAACUUGUGCAGCCUGUACGAUCUGCAGUCCUCCAAAAAGGGGAUUAUGAAGAAGUUUGCGCUUUUGAGGCAAAUCUCCAAAUACAGUGCUGACGCUCCGACCACCAUUCUGGAAAAGCUUUAUGGAUGAGCGGGGUUGAAAACCAGUCGUAUUCCGUCCAAAACUGCCCUACUAUGGCUCCUGCACUAAUUUAUAUAAAUAAAGGUCUUAUUGCGAAAAUGUC